AUGGUGCCGAUCCAGGGGGAACUCCUGACGCCCACGGUCGACUUCGAGACAGCCACCGACCCCCCAAUGAGUCAGGCACAGCUGAGCAACUUCGUCCUCGUAGCCAUCUGCAUGGCUCUGCAUCGCGUUGGGGACAUCGAAUUGGCGAUAAAACGGCUGGCCGAGAGGAUAUGUUUGGGAGACGUGCUCCUGGUCAUUGAUUGGGCCAAGCACCCUAGCACCGAUCCUGCUGCUGCCUCUUCUGCGUCAAGCGGCCAUCGGAGAAGCAGUCCGCCAGCACAAAAGCUGAGUCAAUGCAGCCAGCUUUCUCAAAGAGGCCAAGUGUCUGCUCUCUAG